AUGAAGGUUUUGCCAGUCGUUCUACUGAUUUUGGCCCUUGGCCUAAUCUCAGAUGCUGUAAUUGUUCAUGAAGGAAAUUUUUCUUUCUCACUCGAAUCAGUGAAAAAGCUUUGGGACAUCCUCGCUAAAGGAGAGUCGGCCAAACAGACCGAUCUCUUAAGUGCAUUCAGCGCUGUGACACUGUGUGAAAACCCACUCCUUCCUGAGGAAUUUCAGCCUCUGUGCCAAAGCAGUAACGCACAAGUUCAUUUCUUCAGACUUGCACAUCUCUCCAGGAAUGAAGAUGUAUGUGAGAUCUGUUCAUUUGCUGCUUGCACUGGCUGCUGA